GGCCGGGCCGGGGCGCAGGCGCACUCGUGUCUGCCGCGGCCGCCGCAUUCGGGGUUGUGGCUCCCCAGUGGAGGCGGGGACAGAGGGUCUUGCAGAUGGCCCCACUCCCAGGAGCAGAGCUGGUCCAGAGGCCACUGCAGCUCUACCGGUACCUGCUGCGCUGUUGCCAGCAGCUGCCAACCAAGGGCAUCCAGGAGCAUUACAAGCAUGCUGUCAGGCAGAGUUUCCGGGUUCAUUCAGAUGAAGACAAUCCUGAGAGAAUCCAGCAGAUUAUUAAAAGAGCCAUAGAAGAUGCAGACUGGAUCAUGAACAAAUAUAAAAAACAAAACUGAGGCUCUAGGGCCUAGAGAACGAGUUGCCCUGAAGACAUUGACGUUGAGAGACCUCGCUUAUAGAACUACUCAGCAGCGGCACUUAUGGAAUAUGCAUUGGCCUGUUGGCCUAGAGCAGGAAAUCAGGAGUAGGAGAAGCUGACUAUUGCUCACCUGGCUCUUCUUGCCAUGUUUGUUUUCCCCAGCAUCCCUUACAUUUGCUUUUCUGGCCAGUUGCCAUGUGGACUUGGGGAUACUGUGUUUUGUCACUUUGCUCUGAAGGUGAUGCAUUUAUUCUGGAUGUUGUCCUUUGAGACCCAGAGUGGGCAUCCCCUCAGGCUGUGCUGAGAGGACACGGUGUGGGUUUUCGAACCAGUCGGGUCUGGAUUUGAAUGUCAGUUCUGCAACUUUUCAAGGGUCUUGCCUUUGAGCUCAGAUUCCUCCUUUGUGAAGAUUAAAUAUGAUGAUGUUGAAGAGCUUCAUGCAGGAUGUGAUACAUGGUAAUGCAAGUAAAUGUCCCCCCUGGGAGCGCCAUCCUCCACCACUCCUUCCUCUGGACUACGGUGCUCCAUGCAUCUCUCUGGCAUGUUCCUCAUCGGGCCCAGGUUGUUUGUGAUCUUGUCCUGCCCUGCUUGGUGUCCCUGAACUUCAGGGUCCCACCAUGCCCAGCAGUCCAUCAAGCAGCCACUCCUCUAGGCUUGGUGGGAAGUCCUUCCUUGAAGUCCAGUCCUUGCCUUUAUGGAGUUUCUUGUGACCAUGAAUUGGUGAAAUGCAGGCUGCAUGGAACAAGGAAGAAAGGCAGAGCAGCUACAGCAGACGCUAAAGCACACAGACCUCUUGUGAACCUGCAGUCUGUUCUGCUGGCCCUUCCCUUCUUUGCCACCAUCUUGGGAGGAAAAAUGGAAGUCGGGAGCAAGCAAGGAGGGAGGUGGGGAGCAAGCGUUCCUGUGAGUUAUGGUGAGCCUGAAACCCUGUGGAGAGACAGACUGGAUCGUGUCCCAAUUCCAUAGGAGUUGCUUUUGGGAACUUACCUGGCCUACUUCAGCCUUGGUUUCCCCAUCUCCUGUGGAGUGGUGCCCACACCUACCUGCCAGGGUGGGAGUGAGGACUAUGGAGCUCUCAUGCGUGCGAGGGGCUUCAUACAGAAGCUGGCUCAGGGAGCUGCCUGCAUGGCUGUGGCCAGUUACCACAGCGAGGAAGCCCUGCUUUGCAGAUGGGGAGAUGGAAGCACAGGCAGUUUGAGCCCCUUUUCAGCAAAGGAGCAGCCAAAAGCAGAAAAGUCGCACUAGGACUUGAAUAUCUCCAAGGACUCUCAGCCAGAGGGAUGAGCCAGCAUGUUUGUGACCUGCCAUGAAUUAUAUGACUUAAAGUUACUCAGAGACAUCUGUAUGCACUUCACUGAUCAGCAAGUAGUGAAGUAAAUAUAUCAGUUUUUGAAAGCUC